AUGUUCAGACAAUAUUCUAGAGCAAUCCGUUCAACUCCGUUCACCAGAUCUUACGCUACUAACGUUGCACAGUUCCUCGGACAGAAGAACAGCAAUGGAAAAUACACCGUGUCUUUCAUAGAGGGUGACGGUAUUGGUGUUGAGAUCAGUGAUGCCGUCAAGCAAAUCUACUCCGCAGCUGACGUCCCAAUUGAGUGGGAAUCAUGCGAUGUCACUCCUCUGUUCAUCAACGGAAAGACCACUCUGCCACAGCAGGCCGUAGACUCUAUCAACAAGAACUUGGUGGCUCUGAAAGGUCCUCUCGCAACCCCUGUUGGAAAAGGUCACCAAUCUCUGAAUCUAACACUUAGAAGAACUUUCAAUUUGUUUGCCAAUGUCAGACCUUGUAAGUCCAUCCAAGGUUACAAGACCCCUUACGAGAAUGUCGAUACAGUUUUGAUCCGUGAGAACACUGAAGGUGAAUACUCCGGUAUCGAGCACACUAUUGUUCCAGGUGUUGUCCAAAGUAUCAAGCUGAUCACCAAGGUUGCAUCUGAGAGAUGUAUCAGAUAUGCCUUCGAGUACGCUCGUUCUGUUGGAAGAAAAGAAGUUUUGGUCGUCCAUAAGGCCUCCAUUAUGAAGCUUUCCGAUGGUCUUUUCGUUAAGACUGCUGAAGAACUGGCUUCUGAGUACCCAGAGAUCAAGCUGUCCUUCGAGUUGUUGGAUAACACUUCUCUGAAGUUAUGUACUGAUCCAUCUGACUACAAGAGUUUAGUGAUGGUCAUGCCUAACUUGUACGGUGACAUCAUGUCUGACUUGUCCUCCGGUUUAAUCGGUGGUCUAGGUUUGACCCCUUCUGGAAACAUGGGUGAUAAGGUUUCCAUUUUCGAGGCCGUCCACGGUUCAGCUCCUGACAUUGCUGGUAAGAACUUGGCCAACCCAACUGCUCUGCUGUUAUCCUCAUGCAUGAUGUUGAGACACAUGUCUUUGAACAGCUAUGCCGACAAGAUCGAAAACUCUGUCUUGAAGACCAUUGCUUCUGGACCAGAGCACAGAACUAAGGACUUGAAAGGAACCUCCUCGACUUCAAACUUCACCGAACAAGUUAUCAAGAACUUGUAA